UGCAGUUUUACUGGAAUCUGACUGCUGAGCUGACUGCUCAGUUUAACCCACGGAGUGACCAUCAGUAAGCUCAUUCCUCUUGGAGUAAUCUUAGUGCUCCAGAAAUACUCUUAAUCAAAAAUUACUUGCUUAGACAACCAGUGAAGGAAGGCACAGGAUGAUUUACCUGAGUGGUUUAACUGGGUUGCCCAAAAUGUUUGGGAAGAAAAAGAAAAAAAUUGAGAUAUCGGGGCCGUCAAACUUUGAACACAGGGUUCACACUGGAUUCGAUCACAAAGAGCAAAAGUUUAUCGGCCUUCCUCAACAAUGGCAAAGUUUGCUGGCAGACACAGCCAAUCGGCCCAAGCCUAUGGUGGAUCCGUCUUGUAUUACACCCAUACAGCUGGCACCCAUGAAGAGCCCCAUAAAACUGGAACGGGAAGCGUCAACUAAGACUAUUGUUCGAGGCAGUAAGCCUCCACAAGAUGCUUCCAUCAAUGGUUUGCUAGAAGACUUCGACAAUAUAUCCGUAACACGUUCAAAUUCCCUUAGAAAAGAAAGUCCACCUACCCCACGCCAGGGAUAUUCCAACCAUUCAAAGAGUUUCCCUGAAGAAAAUGGCUUUUUUACCUUCUCCCACUACAGCGAAACAGAAAUCCCAAGAAGCAGUAUUGCUGAACGAUACAAGGAGAGGAGCCUGAGUGCUGAAGAGGCGGAGGGCUACUACAGGGCCAACAAGCCAACCAGACAUAAUGGGCAUCCUGUUAAAAUGAGGUCUUAUGAAGCAUACUUUCCUGAAGUAAAAAAUGUGAAGACUGAUAUGUUAAGUUAUGCCUCAGAAUACCACCCGCACUUGGAGGCAAAAAGUAAAUCUGUUGAUCAGUGUGGAACGUCAUGGGACUACCACAGGGUCAUGGGUACAUCUCUUCAGGACUACAGGGACUAUUUCCCACCUUCAAUUACAGGGACCGUCAUGUUAAGCGAGGGCUCAAAAGAAAGACUCGAAUAUAGUGAAUGGGGAGAUGGGCUUUCCAAAGACGAUUAUGAUAAGAGGCCGAAGUCAUCAUACGUAACCCAAACGAGCCCUCAACCAGCCAUACGACAAAGGUCAAGAUCAGGAUCAGGCCUUCAAGAACCGGUCAUACCAUAUGGUGCACUAAAAACAAACCAGCAAGGGCACUCGUUUGCUUCGUACACUUACCCCCGUUUGUCCGAGACUGCAGCAUGCAUUCCAAAGGCAGACUAUGAUCGAGCACAGGUAUCCUUGAGCCCUCCACUCACUGGAUCUGACACGUAUCCUCGAGGUCCUACAAAGCUACCUCAGUCACAAAACAAACCCAACUAUCCAUCAAGUAGUUACCAGUAUCCAUCAGUAUACCAUAAGCCAUCUCCCUACCAUCAGCCUCCGCUUCAUGGCAGCCCCCACUACAUGUCUUCAGGCUCUUACCCCAGUUCUCCGAGUACGUCAUCCAGUAUUUACCCUCCCCCCAGCUGGGGCUCAUCCUCAGAUCAGCAGCCAUCAAGAGUGUCCCAUGAACAGUUUAGAGCAGCCCUUCAGCUUGUGGUCAGUCCUGGGGACCCUAGAGAAUAUCUGGAUGACUUUAUUAAAAUUGGAGAGGGCUCAACAGGUAUUGUCUGUAUUGCUACCGAAAAGCACACAGGAAAGCAAGUCGCUGUGAAAAAAAUGGAUCUCAGGAAACAGCAGAGAAGAGAGCUGCUCUUUAAUGAGGUAGUGAUUAUGAGAGAUUACCAUCAUGAAAAUGUUGUUGACAUGUAUAACAGUUACCUGGUUGGUGAUGAGUUGUGGGUCGUUAUGGAGUUCCUUGAAGGUGGAGCACUGACGGACAUUGUUACACAUACACGGAUGAAUGAGGAACAAAUAGCCACAGUGUGUUUGUCUGUUCUGAAAGCAUUGUCCUACCUGCAUAAUCAGGGAGUAAUUCACAGGGAUAUAAAGAGCGACUCUAUCCUGCUGACCAGUGACGGCAGGAUAAAGCUUUCUGAUUUUGGAUUCUGUGCACAAGUAUCCAAGGAAGUUCCCAAAAGAAAGUCUCUUGUUGGAACUCCAUACUGGAUGGCCCCAGAAGUUAUAUCAAGACUCCCUUAUGGAACAGAGGUAGAUAUAUGGUCACUUGGGAUCAUGGUGAUAGAAAUGAUUGAUGGAGAACCUCCUUACUUCAAUGAACCGCCAUUGCAGGCAAUGCGCCGGAUACGCGAUAACUUGCCACCAAGAGUAAAAGACGUGCAUCAGGUUUCUUCAGUGCUACGUGGAUUCCUAGACUUGAUGUUGGUGAGGGAGCCAUCACAGAGAGCAACAGCACAAGACCUAUUAAGACAUCCAUUCUUGAACCUCUCAGGACCUCAGUCGUGUAUUAUACCAUUAAUGAGGCAAUACAGACAUCAUUAAGCUCAUGUUUCUUAGGGCAGGCUAUGGAGGAAGAAGAAAUAAACGCCAACUUCAGAAAACACAACAAAUGCAAAACCGAAGCAGCUAAAAAUUCAUAACUGCCUAUAUUUCAGUACAAUGACUACAAGAUGAAACGCUGGGGGGUGCUGAAACAGAAACCUCACUUUUCACUCUUUUGCUUUGGUUUCUUUGGUUUUUUUUUUAUUGAUUGACAAUGCAGAAUUUUUACAAAGUUUGUUUUGACGUGAAUUUAGAUAUUAGUCCCAAACAUAUCCCCCCGGAGCUUAUUUGAAACAAAGGGAAUUUAGUGUCAUUUAUUUAAACAGUAUAAAAUCUUCUUUGAGGUAAAAUGCACUUUUUUUCAACAGUAGGAGUGUAACGUAUUUUGAAAUGAAUUUGUAAUUUUCUGUAUAAUACUUUUGAUAAUUUGCAGUUUUUUGAUGUCAUGUAAACCUUGUGCCAGUUCCAAAACCAGGUGUAAUUUACCGAACAUUUUCAAAAAUUCCUACUUUUAUAAUCCUUUUGGAAAUGCCCCACCUCUGUUUCCGUGUCGACUGUCUCUUUUGCUUGCACACAGUUUUAAGGCACAUCUGAAGACUAGAGUGGUUUGCAAAUAUUUAAGGCCCUUUCAUUAUCAUUACUUAGUGUUCCCAAAAUAAUAAUAAAAAAACAUUUAAAUUCCAGUUAUGAAAUAAUCACAGCAAAAUUUGUAUUUAAUCAAUAAAAUUCUCCAACAAUAUUUAAGACAUGCUAAUGAAAUAUGUACAAUAUUCAUAGAUAUAAGUAUAUAUAAUAAAUUUGACAAAUAAUAUUGGGGUUGUUAUUCCACUUUAUAUUCACAUUUAGAUAGAAUUAUUAAAAUGUAAUGCAGAGCUAAAAUGGGGGAGUUGUCGAUAGAAAGUAGCCACAGAUG